CUUGCUUUUUUUUGUCGUUCAUGUUGCGUCGCGUUGCUUCGACAUUGCCUUCGUCUCUGUUCCGCCGCUCGUCUCCUUCUUCCUCGUCGUCGUCGCUUCGCCGCGCUGCCCUCGCCAUCGCUCCCGGUGCUCCUUCUGCUUCUCCUUCUGCUUCUGCUCCAUCUGCUUCUGCUUCGUCCAGCCACCGCUUGACCACCCUGCUCGCAGUCACCGCCGCCGUCUGCCUCUUCAGCACCUGCGCCGUCUCAACCGCUUUCGCCGCGUCCCAUCCGCCCACGUCCGACUCCAUCAUGUCUGCCAACCGCAAGCUGAUUGACGAGUUUGUCGCGUCCAACACGGUCGCCAUCUUCAGCAAGUCGUACUGCCCUUACUGCAAGCGCGUCAAGGCCCUGUUUGACAGCAUUGGCGUCAAGUACACGGCCAUUGAGCUCGACACCCACCCCGAUGGCAGCGGCAUCCAGUCAGAGCUCAUCAAUGUGACUGGUCAGCGCACCGUCCCGAACGUCUUUGUCCGAGGCACUCACAUUGGCGGCUCCGACGACACGCACGCUGCUCAAAAGUCAGGCCGUCUCCAGAAGCUGCUCGAUGCCUGAGCAUAAUUCUGAGAAGCUCGGGGAAAAGGGGGUGUGUCUGAGAGAGAGGUCUGAGCGAGAGACAGAAGAGUUGGCUCCGUCUCGCCAUCCCCGUUCAUCCUUCAUCUUGGAGCAAAUACAUCCAUCCUGUUCCCUGCAAAUAAAACGAGCUACACUCUCGCGCAAAUGGA